UUCUGUGUCUUGUUUCCCACUUCCACGCUUGAGACUUUAACCAGGACGGCACUAUGUCUUACCCUUAUUCCAGAACCCCAAGUGUUUAUGGAGGAGCCGGUGGUCGAGGAACCCGGAUCUCUGCAUCACCCUCUUCACCAAGGGGCUUCAACCUAGCUGAUGGUUUAGACCCGUCCACUGAUGAGAAGGGCACCAUGCAGAAUCUGAAUAACCGCCUGGCGUCCUACCUAGAGAAAGUGCGUUCACUGGAGAAGGCCAACGCUGAGCUGGAGCAGAAGAUCAGAGAGCGGUGUGAAAAUCGCCCUGAUGUCACAUUCGACCACACCAUCUUCCUGGACCCCAUCAAGGACCUGAAGAACAAAAUUCAAUUAGCUUCCCAGGAAAAUGCCACAUUAAUCCUGGCUGCGGAUAAUGCCAAACUGGCUGCUGAUGACUUUAAGCUAAAGUAUGAGAAUGAGCUGGCCAUGCGUCGGGCCAUUGAAGCCGACACCGCCAAUCUGAGGAAACUUCUGGAUGAGUUUAUCUUGAGACGGUCGGAUCUGGAGAUAGAGACUGAGGCUCUGAACGAAGAGCUCAUCAUACUGAAGAGAAACCACGAGGAGGAGAUGUCUCUGGCUAGUGCCGAGGCUGGAGGUCAGGUGAACGUUAGUGUGGAUGCAGCACCCUCUAUGGACCUGAACCAGGCCAUGACGGAGAUCAGACAACACUAUGAGGCUGUGACUGAGAAAAACCGUGAAGAGUUGGAGUCCUGGUAUGAAACCAAGAUGGCCACAGUGCAACAGGAGGUGGUCACACAAAAUGAAGAUCUUCAGAACAGCAGAACAGAGCUGAAGGAAUACACAAACACUUUACAAAGACUACAGAUUGAACUGCAGACCCAUCAGAGCAUGAGGUCAGCCCUUGACGGUGAACUGGAGGAAACACAGGCCCGUUAUGGGGACCAGUUGGCUAGGCUUCAGGCUACUGUUAGCAGCCUGGAGCACCAGCUUAGUCAAUUUCAUGCUAACAUUGGCAACAACAAGCGAGAGUAUGAAACGCUGCUGGACGUCAAGACCAGACUGGAGCUUGAGAUUGCAGAGUACAGGAGACUGCUGGAUGGAGAUGAGAGGUGAUGCUCAAGAAAAUUAUUUCUUGAAUAUC